AUGAGAUCUUCAUUUAGCGUCUUCCAUUCCAAUGGCAAACUCUUCCAGCAAUACAUCGUCGACGCACAUGUCAGAACAGAAGGCGCGCGUUUACAUUACCUUCGGUCCCAUCAACAAGAUUUGCGUGUAGAGCAAUACAGGGGACUUAUGGAUGCUGUCACUGCGAAAGCACAUCACCAUGACCUCCGCCCUGGACAAUUGAUCAUUCUUCCCUCUACCUUUCAAGGCAGUCCAAGGUACAUGCAACAGAACUACCAAGACGCGAUGGCAAUUGUCCGCAAAUGUGGAAAGCCUGACUUAUUCUUAACCUUCACCUGCAAUCCUGCUUGGCCGGAAAUCUGCAACGCCAUUUCCCAUCAUGAGCAAAUAGAACACAGACCUGACAUCGUUGCUCACGUCUUUCAUAUCAAACUGCGACAUUUUCUAACAGAUAUUCUGGAAAAGAAUAUUUUCUGCAAUGUUCUCGCUUACAUCUUUGUCAUUGAAUUCCAAAAACGAGGAUUGCCUCAUUGCCAUAUGUCACUUACACUUGACUCACAAUCCAAAAUAAGGACCAAGGAUGAUAUAGACAAAUAUGUCUGCGCUGAGCUUCCAAAUCCUGAAAUACACCCUCGACUUUUCCAAAUUGUCACUAAAUGUAUGGUGCAUGGUCCGUGUGUCACGCUCAACGCCAAAUCACCUUGCAUGAAAGACAGCAUGUGUACCAAAAAUUUUUCAAAAGACUUCAACGCGGAGACUCAAGAAAACACACAAGGAUACCCCAUAUACGGCCAAAGACAAGGGAGAACUGCCGUUGUUGGCAAAUGCGAUAUCGACAACCAUUGGAUAGUUCCUUACAAUCUGUGGCUUUCUCAGAAAUUCAAUGCUCAUAUUAACGUUGAAGUUUCCGUGUCCAUUCAGUGUAUCAAGUAUCUUUAUAAGUAUGUGUACAAAGGACACAACGCUGCAUCCAUUGCACUUCACAGGGAGCCAGCCGAUGAUAUUUUUCAACAUGAUGAAAUACAGACUUUCCUUGACGGUAGGUAUGUCAGUUCUCCUGAGGCUAUGUGGCGUUUGAACGAGUACAGCCUUUCAGAAAAAUCUCACGUGAUUACAUGA